AGACACAAGACAAUAAAAUGGAGAAGCAAAAGCAAGCAGAUAAUGAUAUCAAGGACAUGAUCUCUACUCUAACGAAACGACUGACCAGCCUCCAACGCGUGCACAAGGCAGCAUCAGGAGACUCGGAUCAGAAUCUUCAAGGCGAUGAUGAAGAUGAUCAUGGCACAAGAAUCAUCACUCUAGCUGGAACCAAUGUUGGAGCCAGCAUGCGCGGUGAGAUGGAUGAGAAACCUGGCCUCGACGGCGUUUCACCAGGGGAGAAAGAGGCUUUAAAAACAUAUGUGAAUAGCAAUUUCCAGUCCAUCAACAAUUCAAUCAUGUUGGGUGGUAGCUAUUGUACUAAUGACCCUGGUGUUCAUUUGGACAUCUCUGAUUAUGUGGAUCAAGAAACCCCAACACCAAAAGGACAUGGAAAAAAGAAGGAAAGGGGAAGCUCCAAACAUUACCCCCAUUCUCAACACUCAGAAUAGGCUUGUACAAUAAUCAAGAUAAGCUCAAUGGUCAAGAAACUGCUAAAAAAUUCAGACCUUUACUCUAUAUGAAUAAAGUACCAGAGCUUAGUUGAGUCUUGUUUUUUUAGUUCUUUGUAUUUCCUUCUCUUUUCAACUUGUCUUGUCUGAAGUUUACUGUGUUUACCAUUCGGCUUAAAACCUAUAGUAAGUGAUGCUUGUUUGAGGUUCAA